AUGCCUUACUGUGGACCCUCUUGUGCCGUGCCCUCUUGCGCCUCCGCCCCAGUGGUUGGCCUUCGGAUCAGCUGGUUCCAGAGGCCUGGCUGCGGACCUCUUGGCUAUGGCAAUCUCGGAUAUGACGGUCUCGGAUAUGCAGGUCUCGGAUCUGCAGGUCUCGGAUAUGGCGGUCUCGGAUAUGGUUUGGGCUACGGCUUCGGAGCUGGCGCCUUGGCCGAGUCCUCCGGAAGCCUGGGCACCCUGGCCGGAGUCAUCCCCAAACCCAUCAACCAGAUCCCACCAUCCGAGGUGACCAUCCAGCCCCCUGCAGUCGUGGUCACCAUCCCUGGCCCCAUCCUGUCUGCCAGCUGUGAGCUGGCCGUCGGAGGCAACACCCCAUGUGCCGGAGGUAUCGGAGGGUACGGAGGCUUCGGAGGCUUUGGACGCAUUGGUGGCUUCUACGGAGGCCGCCUGGGACGUCUCGGUCGCCGUGGCAGCCUCUGUAACCUCCCUGUUAAGCAAACUAGGACUCUCCAUGACCAAAUACGGAUUUUAGAAGAUUUGGCUAAGGCAGGUCUUGGUCCUACGUUGGCCUGCAUCUAG